CUCUCUCUUUCUCUCUCUUUUGCCUCUCUUUCUCUGCAGCUGCAGUGAGCUGGUUCCGGUAUAUCUGGAGGUGUCCAUAUCGAUCGGCCUACUUAUAGUCGCCAUAUUGUGUCCUAUAUGCGGGGCACACAUACACGCUUAUAUAUACAUAUUUACAUACAUACUAAGCACAACAUACAAAAGGUGCCGCAUACAACGUCGAUGCUCCAAGGUUCCCAAUUGUGGUUGUGGCUGUUGUUUCGUUAUCGCCUCGCACAACUUUUGCAAAUGACGUCAAAUGUUUCGGUGUGAGGAGCACAGCAGUAAUAUACAGACAGAGAGGAAGAUAGGGGCGAGAGACGGCGGGAAGCAGAGCAAAAGAAAUUUCAGUAUACAGUGAUCGUUCGCUAAUAAAGGAAACUUCCGCUAAUUACAAUUGUUCCCAAAAUAGAAACGUAAUUUCAAAUAAGUGCGCCAUGCAUAGAUAAAGACAUUUUCCAUACAAUUUAUAGACAUUGUAUGUGGUAUAUAUAGGUAAUAUCCCUAUCAGUAGUAAUAAUAUAAUUAUCUAAUAAUAAUAAGUUGGCUAUCUAAAAUGGGUCUAUCGAAAAAUCUAUACAUUUCUCUAUCUAUCUAUCUAGUAUCUCUGUAUCGGCCUAUCUGCUUAUCUUAAUAUCUGUUUUUGAUUGAUAUUAGAUUAUCUAUCAGCCGACUUAGUUCUCUAUUGAUCCAUCUGUCUAUCCACUCGUCUUUUGUCCUCCAUAUACAUAUAUAUUCAUCUGUCUAUAUUUCUAAUUGUUUAUGAAUCCAACUGGAUAUCCGGCUUAUCUAUCUUAUUUUCUAUUUAAUCUUCUAUCCAUAGAAUUAUCUAUCUAGCAUAUAUCUACCUUUUGUUUCUUCUAUCAUUCCAAUUAUAUCUUAGUACCUAUACUUAUUACCUAUCCUUAUAUCCUUAGGACCUAUAUGAAUAUAUAGGUACCUAUAUGAAUAUUUCAAUAUUCUAUAUAUCGAUACAUCUAUCGUGAUUUCUAAUUAUCUUUCAAUGAAACUCGCUAACUAUCUUGGUUUCUAUCCAUACUCUAUUUAUUUAUCCAUCUAUAUUUCUGUAUCUUUUCCUCAUGGACUAUAAAGCCUACAAUUCACAUAUUUCCUUGCUUACUUCUGCUUUCUAUUUCAUAUAUCUAUAUUCCGUCGAUUCAACCAUCAAGCUGUAUUAUUUUCUAUUCAUCUUUAAAUCUUCUUUAUAUCUGUCUACUAUAUAUAUUUCUAUUUAACUUCUAUCACCUUAGUACCUAUAGACCUGUCUAGUUUUCCUAUCUUCAUAUCUUCUGUCUAUCUGUCUCCUUUAGACAACUUUACGGUUCGAAAUUCUGGAACUGGAAGGUUGUUUCAAUUUAGCGAGCGAUCACUGUAUGUGGUAGUGCUGUUGUUGACUCAAUAUGUAUGUUUGUGUGUAACUGGAUAGCAGUGUUUCCAUUCUUGAUACACUAUUGUUGUUGCUGUUGGCAUUACCAUUUCCAUUAUUAUCAUAAUGCGACUGUUGUUCGCUUUUGCCUUGCCCCCGACUCGUUUAGUUCCGAUUUUGGUUGAUGUUACGUAUUCCAAUUUUCUUGUUUUGCGGUUAAAGAGUUCACACACACGCACACACCGCUGUGCACUUAUAUCUAAGGUGGUUUUGGUGGUUUUGCAAGCGAACCGCAGAUGGUGGUGCCGAGAUGCCAGCACGCUCCUGCAAUGCCUACUUAGAUGCGUGCGCUUCGCUUGUUGUUGCUGGACCAUACAUAUGUAUUAAAUUUAAUCAAUUUUGAUUGAUGUGUGCGUCGAUGCAGCAACCACAGUGCCAACGACAUCGACAGCGACAACCUCAACCACACUUCGACAACAAACCCAAAAGAAAAGAAGCACGAUUCUCUUGAGCCACGCCGAAUCGCCGAUGCGCUGGUAACAAUAUUUCGUAAAGUGUUAAAGCUGUUUUACGAUAGAUGUCUAUAAUCUAUUUUUCGAUAUGUCAUGCAAUUAGAAAAGUAUUGAACAAAGGAUUUGAAUCCUUACCGAGAGGAAGGUUAGGGAAGUGUUUAAGGCAGAAGAAAAGUUUGAAGAGUACUCGCUUCUCUCUUCCCUCUCUCUCGCUCUUUCUCUCUCUUGCGUUCACAUUUCGUCUUUUUCCUUACUUUCUUCGUAUAUUUUCGUCUUUAUUCUUCCAUCUCACUCCCUCUUUAUCUCCAUUUUACUCAGUCUCUUCCGAUCUAUCGACAUUGCAGCAAUAAAAUCUUCUCUCGCUAGAUCUCUCUAUCUUUGUAGAAAAUGAAAAGAGGGCAGACUCUCUAAUAUUUUUUCCUCUUGAUCCAAUGGAAGAAAAUAAUUAGACUUAUCUCUAAUUCGAAAGGUUCAAUGAGUAUCUAAGACAUACCCAUAAGGUCUUAGAAUUUCUCAAAGCUACAAAUUUGAUGUAUAUGCUUCUCAGUUGCUCUUCACCUUGCAUAUCUUGAAAUGUAUAAUUUGGUAUAGUCAUUGCUUUCGAAGACCAAAUUCUCUGCCGACACUUAAAAACUACAUUUGAAAGGGUAUUCAAAAGGCUGUUAUAGUCACAUCGACGCAAAUACAAGUUGGAUUGUCGGUGGGUCGUUUGGUGGGUCAAUUGUGGUUGGCUAAGGCGCGAACAGGUUCGCAAAUGCGCAGAAUUCAAUCAAACCGAAUACAGCAACAAGUAAAAAGCGACAGGCAACAAGAAACAAGAAACACGCAACAAGCGACAGGCGACAAGCGACAGCAACAAGCAUUGAUUCAUAGAUUUUUGGGUAUUUCUGUGCAGUUGUUGUGCCCGGUUGAGACAGUGCGUCUGAUGCGUAAGUGGACGUCGCGUGGACGCCCGUCACAUGUCGUGUAAAAUGUCCGUGUGCGCACUCGCACGCCCGCCCGCAGCAGCCGCCGUAAGCAGUGCGAAUAACGUGAACGGACAAACAGUUGCAGCGACGUCGCCAGCGACGACGCCAACGACACCGCCAACGCCGCCGCCGUCGCCGCAGGUGCGCAUCUACGAGGACUUUGACAGGAUGAGCGCCAAGGAGGUGUACUACAAUGAGGCGGGCAAGAAGGUGACGGUCAAGUUGCUCCACUUCCCGGACGUUCUGCCCGAGGACAUAGCCAAGCUGCGCUUCGAUGACGAGGACGAUCAGAAUGCCGACGAUGCCGACGUGGACGACGACGAUGGCGUCGAUAGCGAUGCAGGUCGCUCUGCCAAUAGCAGCCACAGCACUGGCGCCGGCAUCGGCAUCAGCAAGACGCCGCCCACCGCUGACAGCGACGAUGGCGACAGCGAGACCGAGAAGCCUGACCUGGAUGGCAGCGGCAGUGGCAAUGCCACAGCCACCGGCGCCAUCAAGAAGACCUUCCGGCGCAAGCUGUCCGGCAACAAUAUGCAGCCGCGCAAGUGCAGCCUGGCGUUUGCCCAGGCGCAUGGCAUCAAGCAGCGCGCCGAGAAGAAACUGUCGAUGCCCACCAUCAGCAUCACAGCCAAUCCGGGCGAGCAUGUCAGCCUGGCGGGCGGGCGCAAGCUCUCGCAACAGCACUCGCUGCCCAUGACGAUGAUGACGCCGCCACGUCGCAGUCAUUCGCCGCUGGGCCAGAGUCUCUGCCCCGGCUACAUACAGUACUCCAAGUCGCUGCUGGAGGUGCCCAUGCCAAGGGAUUAUGGCUACGCCAGCAGCGAUGAUCUGAGCUCUGAGUGGGACUCGGAUGUAUCCACAUCGGCGGCCUCGUCCGCAACUGCAUCGGGCUCUGGCUCGGGCGCUACGGGUGCAACGUCAGCAAGCGGCACGAAGAAGAGCUCUGGCUGGCGGAAAAUACGAAACAUCGUGCAAUGGACGCCCUUCUUUCAGACGUACAAGAAGCAGCGCUAUCCAUGGGUACAGCUGGCCGGCCAUCAGGGCAACUUCAAGGCGGGUCCCGAGCCGGGCACCGUCCUCAAGAAGCUCUGCCCCAAGGAGGAGGAAUGCUUCCAGGUGCUCAUGCAGGAUGUCUUGCGUCCAUAUGUGCCCGUCUACAAGGGUCAGGUGACCAGCGAGGAUGGCGAACUUUAUCUGCAGCUGCAAGAUCUGCUCAGUGACUAUGUGCAGCCGUGCGUCAUGGAUUGCAAAGUGGGUGUGCGCACCUACCUGGAGGAGGAGCUGUCCAAGGCCAAGGAGAAGCCCAAGCUGCGCAAGGACAUGUACGACAAGAUGAUACAAAUAGAUGCCCAGGCGCCCAAUGCCGAGGAGCACGCGGCCAAGGCGGUGACCAAGCCACGCUACAUGGUCUGGCGCGAGACCAUCUCGAGCACUGCAACGUUGGGCUUUCGCAUUGAGGGCAUCAAGAAGAGCGAUGGCACCAGUUCCAAAGAUUUCAAGACGACCAAGUCACGCGAACAAAUCAAACUGGCCUUCAGCGAGUUCCUCAGCGGCCAUCCACAUAUUCUGCCACGAUAUAUACAACGCUUACGGGCCAUACGGGCCACCUUGGCCGUCUCAGAGUUUUUCCAAACUCACGAGGUCAUUGGCAGCUCGCUGCUGUUCGUGCACGAUCAGACGCACGCCAGCGUUUGGCUAAUUGACUUUGCCAAGACGGUGGCGCUGCCGCCUCAUAUGAGGAUCGACCAUUAUUCGGCCUGGAAGGUGGGCAAUCAUGAGGAUGGCUAUUUGAUUGGCAUCAACAAUCUCAUUGAUAUAUUCGUCGAGCUGCAGGCGGCCAAUGAAAUGGAGUCUGCAGCGGACGCUACUUCGGGCUCUGGUUCCGGCUCCGGCUCGGGUUCCGGUUCAGCGUCGGGCUCCGGUUCGGUUUCACCAGCGCCCGCCUGCAGCGGUCAGGAGGAGGAGCCCAGUAAAAUGUAAAGGGCACAGCAAGAAAACAAUCUAACAUAAUAUAUAUACACUCAUAUAUAUAUUUAUAUAGAACUAUUUAGCUUACGAUUACACUGAAGCGUUCCAUGGGGCUGCGCCCCGCCAAGGACAUUUCCUAGCACAUUCCACAGAAAUGUGUUAAAACAAAACAAAACAAAAAAUCAAAUAUCAAAAAAUAUCAAUUAACCAUAAUCCAAACUUAGUUUUAUGCAUAUAUGUAUAUGUAUGUACCUUUUUUUUUUUUUUUUUCUCUCUCUCUCUCUUUAACCCGUUAAGUUUAAAAUCAAAGACUGAACAACAUUAUGCGUAUACCCAAUAUAUACAUAUAUAGAUAUAUAUAUUUUUAUAUAUAGAUAUAUAUGUAUGUAUGGAUAUAUACAUAU